CUUCGUAGUGUAGUGUUUUGUACCUAUAAUUCUCAAUAAGUUCGUGUUGAGUUAAUUAGUGCUAUAGUUGAAAAAACAUCACAAUUAUAAAUAACAUAACUAGAAUAGUUCAAUUAUUUCAAAAUUUGAGUUAUGUCUGAGUUUAAUAUGGAAAUAUAAUAACGAUUAUAACGCAAGACACGAGACAGCUGACAGUUCGAUGGCUGAUACACACAAAAGUUAGGCAACCCAGGGCUUUCAUCGCAACGCAGCGGCUAUGACUUAGGCCAUGCGAUAAAAAUGGAAGUUGUUAACACAGAUGAAGGGCGCUAUGAACAAACUGAAAAUUUACCAGGGAACAGUGCGGCCGAUAGCGACGCUUCGAGUAGUGUUUUCGAAGGCAACGAUAGCGAUCGGUGUAGUGAGGACUUUGACGGGAUAUCAGAUGACGGCGAUCUAAGAGAAGACCUGCAGAAAUCUAUCGCAGAAUGCUACAGGUCCGACUCGAAUUUUUCAUCUCAAGCAACAAGCGACAUCACAAAUGACGAAGAAUUUCAGGCGACUGCGCUCGUCCAGUUCAUGGAUAUACUGAAUGACCUGGACGAAGUUCUAGACAAGUCUCUCUUGGCAUGCUUAGACGACGAAACAGCAAACUACGACAGCGACGAAAACGAUCUUAUUUGUAAAAUUAAAGAAUGUAUCGGGGAUACUCAAGAUCAGUCGGAACAUUCCGAAGCAUUAAGUUCAAUGGACGAAAAUACUCAAGUAGUCACUUGUACAAACUACGCACCCUCUGUACCUUCGAUAGAAGAUUUAGAUAUAACGCAAGGUGUAUCGCAACGACCGCAAACUACAGGCUUGGGAAGAUCGAAAAGCUACUCAGAUGUGUCAGCCCGUGAUGUCGUUUCAAGCGUGGAGAGAGCCAGCACUACAAAUGACAAUGUGCGUAAUUCAAUGAGGAGAUUAGAUCCGAUUGUUUUACCGGCGAUAACAACAGAACAGCCUUUGACGUUGCCGGUUAUAUUGUUCUUGGAACAUAAUGUUAAUAUGCGCCCGACAAGCGUACCGAUACAGCUUCAGGUGACGGCUGCUAAUCUGAGCACUGACGGAGCAUCAGGACCGCUGAUCGUCGGACGGCGUACUCUACUCAUGAAUCGGGCCCUCUCGUUGCCUUCUCCGGGCGACAGUGAAGCCGCAGCCGGAGAGUGGACGGGUCGAAACACUGCCAGGAGUACAGCAAGAAGCAGCACCACAUCGAGCUCGUCAAACGAAUCGUUAAAUGUUGCUGUGGUCAAUCAAAGUGCCAACAAUGGUACGGAGGAGAGAAACGAAGAGACUGAAGAACCUCCUUUUGGAGUUUGGCCUCAUCGUAUGAGUUCGAUGUUGGCCUGUUUGAGUUGUACUGUUGGUAUUUUCAACAUUUCUAGAUUUGCCAUAUUCAGCGUUCAUUUUGGAGCGAGUUUUAUAAUACAGUUUUUAAUACUGUCUCUGUUUGUUGGAAUACCCCUUUUUACACUGUACUUAUGUUUGGGUCAAGUAUUGGAAGCUGGGCCAGUGGAUAUGUGGAGGAUUUCGCCAAUAUUCCAAGGUGUUGGUAUAUCAUUGCUCAUCACCCAAGCCGUAAUUGGAAUGUACAGCAUAAUUGGUCUUUCUUGGAUAUUCGUGUAUUUUCGAGAUUCAUUCAUUAAUUCAAACGACAAAUACAAAUGGGCGCUGCCGCAUGAAUUCAAUAUCGAAGAUCCAGCGAGCCGAAACGGUACAUACAAAAUUCACGAGACGAUACCACAAUAUUUUCACGGCGAGGUCCUACAAAGAAAUCUGCUUUCUAACGGCAAUACGUAUUUCGGAACGAUUAAGUUUCAAGUUGCGUUCAAUUUGGCCGUGGUGUGGAUGAUCGUUUUCGUCGCGCUGAGCAAAGGACUGCGAUCGUACGGCAAGGCCGUUUACAUAUUAAUAUUUCUGCCGAUAUGCGGAACCCUUGUGCUGUGCACGAAACUGUUGACGCUGAUACCGUACGACACCGUCACGAAUAUAUUCGCCGAGACCGAAUGGACGGAGUUCUUCGUGAACAGUAACAGUUGGGCGGCGGCGGCACAGGAGACAUUCCUAACGUGGGGCUUGCUAGGGGCCUGCGUGAUGCAACUGACGUCCCACAAGAACGCGAAGAACAAAACCAGUGGUAUGCUGCAGAGGGAGAGCGCCUGCAUCAUAGCAUUCACUUUCGCGGUUUUGUUGCUCGGCUCGUUUUUAGCUAACACCUGCGUACAGAUACUGAAGAACUAUGGAUACGUUUACAUACCCGGCAGCUUUGAAACAGUCAAAUCAUCACAAUUCCUGUGGCCGAAAUCGGAGCCACUGCCUGGAAAUUCUGCCUCGACUCCUUUGCGUUAUAUGGGACAUUACGGCAGUAUCGUCGGUGUUACGGUUUGGCGGACUGGCAAUGCGGCUCGAAUAUACAGCGGAUGGCAGCCUCUGCAACUGGCCACACAGCUAGUGCCGGCCACUUUGGCAGUGUUGCCAGCUAAUUUGCUCUCACCUGCCUGGGCCGUGAUAUUCUACUUCAUCAUAAUAAUGUUCGGAGUAGCGCAGCAGAUCGCGAUCUGGCACUGCGUCAUUGCCGGUGUGAUGGCUAUCAACGCGAAGACGCUUCGCAUCUGGGAGACUACGAUAACGUUCCUCAGCUGCGUCGUGGGACUGGCCGUUGGACUUGUACUAAGCACUGAUGCGGGUAUAGCGGUGGUGCAGUUCUGGGACUACGUGUGGGCGGGGUCGUGGUGGUCGUGCGCGGUGCAGGUGGUGGCGGCGUGCGGGGUGUUCGUGGUGCGCGGGCGGCCCUACUCCGCCGACGUGCUGGUGGCCGCGCUGUGCCGCCGCCGCCUGCCCGCCGCGCUGCUCAGCUUCGUCUGGACCGUCGUGCUGCCAGUCUGUCUGUGUGCGAUUUGCGUUAUGGACUUCAAAGUUGGACAACAACGGCAGCUGUACACGUGGAGGAAGCCUGUUGGAUACUAUCCGAUAUGGUGUCGUCAAGUAGCCGUCCUGAUGCAACAGGGUUGUUUGCUUCUCAUACCGGUCACAGCGUUCAUACAAACGUGGAGGUACAUGAAUAAAGGACCCCCGGACAUCCUAGACGAUUUCGGUGUUAGUAAUUGCAUAGACGAGUUGCGCAUUCAGAACCUGUACCGUCCCCCGGUGGGGGGCGAGGAGCAUUCGAGCGGUCCCCCUGCACCCGCACCCGCCCCCGCGCCUCCCGACCCGCCCCCCAAGUACACGCCGCCGCCCUCAUACUCAACGGCCACCGGCGCCAGGCUCCUACACACGCUCAGGAGGAGCUUCAGAACUUUGAGGAGAAUAACGUCUCGACCCGAACAACAAACGGACGACGCAUCACAAAUGCCCAUAACGCUGAGCGAGGCCGUCGAGCGCGUCGGCAAUCAAACUCAUCCACCGGACUACAGCGGAGUGUGCGGUACGCCAUCUAUUGACAUUACAGACGAAACUGACUCGCGCGUUACCCGACCGCGGUCAUCGACCUCCAGGAACUCGCUGUCGCUCACCCGCGACUACUUACGUAGAUCGUUCGUACGCAAGAGCGACUCCGCGAAAAGCAUCAGAUCGAGCUUACGCAGGAGCUUCAAGUACGGCGGUGCCUUGACCACGAGUCACGAACAUUUGGUACGCGAAGCCGAACCCAUAUCGAACACCGUCGCGAUGUCGGCCAUGCUCGACGUCGACCACGCGCCCCACACUCGCAGCAUCGCCUCUGUGAUAUGAUAAAACAUCACGAAUUACUUAAUAUGGAUGUUGACAAAUUUAAACUCUUUAUGUUCAUAUUUAAAAAAAAAACGAAACUAAUUUUCGUAGAGAAUCAUGAUGUCACUACUUAAAAAUAUAAGUAUGACAUCUUCAAUAUUUUUCGUUUAAUAGCCUUAAUAAGUUCAAAAGAAACUCUGUGUUGUGUGACGAAGGGCUUAAUAGUUUAAGACUGCAAAAGUAUACACAGAAUUUAAUUUUCUCUACACAAAAAAUCACAUAUUUUUCUUUAUACUUCGAUCAAGCCCAGAAAUAAUUUUAAUAUAAUAGAGCCCAAAUUAACAGUAUUUAUCUAGCAGUAGUUAUCUAUUAAACCUAGACUUUGAUUAAAGAAUCCCGAAAAUACUUUUUACUUAAUUAUGUAAUUUUAAAUGAGAUACCUAUAGAUACCUGUAAGUUUUGGAAGCCAAAACACUACUUAGCAUCAGAAGGCCAAUUAUAUAAAUAGGCAUCAAACUGUGACGAGAAUAUAAUUUUUGUUUACUUAUUUAUCGAGGUCUUACUAACCUCUUUUUAUUAUCUUAUGACAUAUGAACGAGAAGAGGUUCAAAAAUUUUUUAGCAUCCAUACCAGCCAAAACGGUUAUAGUUUGAUAGUAGUACAAUAGAUUAAAACGGUUUAGUACAUUAAAUAUUAAACUCAAUUUUUAACGAAUAUUUAAUCGCUAAUAGGGUAUGCUCAUCUCGAAAUAGUUUUAAAAUUUGAAUCUCAGUUAGCAACUCCUGUAUUUUUGUAACCUUAAUAUUGAGAAUAAGCAUAAUAAUAACUUUUAGUUAACAAAUGUAUUAAUUUUAGUAAUAAGACUUACCCUGAAAGUAUACUUAAUGAUAAUAAAUCGUGA